AUGGAAACGGUGGAGCAGCUCGUGUCCUUCCACCACAUCCAGGUCCAGCUGAGUGGGGGGGCUCCGUGGGGCUUCACGCUGAAAGGAGGUCUGGAGCACGGGGAGCCGCUGGUCAUCACCAGGAUCGAGGACGGAGGGAAGGCGGCGUGCUGCAAGACGCUGAAGGUCGGCGACGAGCUCAUCAACAUCAACGGGUCGGCGCUGUACGGCAGCAGGCAGGAGGCGCUCAUCCUCAUCAAGGGCUCGUACCGGAUCCUGAAGCUCACAGUCCGGAGGUAA